AUGGCAGACUCUGCAAAGUCUCAACAAUCCCAACCAAAGAUCACACAGGAUAUCGUAGAUGCCGCAAAAAAGGCCUUUGAUCCGUCUGCUUCCCAAGAGAGCCGGCGAGAUGGCUUGCGAGAAUACAAUGAGCUUAUUGAGAGAACGCAAACAUGGAUCUUGAUACACGUUCUCAACGCCCUGAUCAAGCCAAACGUGCUCCCGCCAUGGUUAAGAGAACCCUUAAUGAGGACUCUAACCCAGCUGCCGCUGCGGCCCGACGGGGUUCGAGCCACGAUGGAGUUUGUGUUUGCGGUGCAUCCGAGCAAUACCGGGAAGCCCGCCGAGGACGCCGCCAGCGGAAAGCAAGGGGCUGCCAUCACGCAUGAGGCGGUCGCCGUUGCGACGAAGCUGCUCUCGUCUGUGCCGGCUACGAUGGGUGCUCAGCAGUGGUUCGAGGGGAUAUCGGGCCAGUUGUUUGCUCUGUUCGAUGGCGAGGCUGGACCGGAUGUUGCGAAGACGGCGGCGCAGAUUGUGGGGUUUGGGAUCUUGGGGAAGAAGCAGUUUGGAGCGCCAGGGGCGCCUGGAUGGAAUGCCUUUGUUCAGCCUCUGAUAGAAGCCAUCAACCCGUCGCUGAAAAGUUUCAAGAAGGAUCCCUCUCUCGAUUCAGAUGACGUCGAGGAAGUCGUUGAGCUGGGACGGGAAAAGGUCCUCGUUGCUGCUUCCGACCUCGAGAGGGCGCUCAAACGACUAGAGCUGCUCAUCAUGUCCAACCCAUCGCCUGGCCUUUGCAAACGAGUCUUGAAGCCUGUUCGCUUACAACUUUGGGCGCUUGCUUCUUGGAUCAACCCGUCUCGAGAAACAGACAGUCGCUUCUGCAGGCCUGCGCGGAUUCUGGUGCAGACACACUUUAGACUAUUCGGCGACGAAGUCUCUUCGGUCUUCUUAUACCUCCUCCGACGAUGGAUUCAAUCAGCCGGCAAACAGAGCGGUGGCUCAAUCAUACAGGUCGUCACUCAGGAGGAAGAUGCGAGCUCUACUGUUCAGGACUUAGUCGACGUGACUCUACUUCAAAAAUUCAUGGACAAGGCCCCGGAAAAGCUGAUCAGCCACUUUGAUCAACUGCUCGAACUCAUAUCCCAUGUGCUGCGAGCCGACAGCCAGGCGCCCCUCGGGGAUGAUAUCAUUGCAGUUGUACUCAGUUUACUAAACCUGGUAAUUACAGCGCCAACGUUCCAGAAAUCGGACAUCAACCCAGCUGAGCUGGAAGUUGUGGAGGAGGCACUGGCGCGAAUUGGUCGCGAAGAUCGAGGCGAGGCAUCUACCACUGCGAACAACCUGUCGAUGCUUCUCAAGUACAGGGACGAUGUGGAAAAGCCAGACGACAAGACAGCCGCUCCUACUGCGCGUCAGAUUGAAGACCGCAGGACUUAUAAUCUGGCGAUGAACUAUAUCACUGGAGAUGGCAACCCGCCGCCGGUGGUUUCCGAGGGCCUUAACCUACUAUCCAGCCUGAUAGUGGCGGAAAGCCCAAUAUUGGACAUUGCAGCUGUCACAGUGCUUAUGUCGAAUCUCCUGAAAGAGAACGAGGACUUUAUCAACCUGCGAGUCAUCAAGAUAUUCACGCUGUUGGCGAACAAGCACCCUAGGGCGACCAUGCAGGAGCUUCUCGACAAUUACUUGGAUGCACAGGAACGGUUGAACACAGACACGCGUCUCCGAUUCGGCGAGGCGAUUCUCCAGGUCAUCGAGAGAUUAGGGGAGACCUUUACAGGAGAGGUCGCUCAGAACACGGGAGAAACUAUGCUGUCGAUUGCCAGCAGACGGGGUUACAGGCCAAAGACCAUGGCCAAGCAGGCACGAGAGGAACGGCUGAAUGAACUGAAGAGGAAAAAGGCAGAAGCAAGCGGUGAAGUAGACGACGACAUUGACAUGGAAGACGAGGAAGAAACUCCAGAGCAGGCGGCGAAUAAGGAGAUCUUGGCGCAAAUUGUCCAGGGGUGGGAGAGCAAAAGGGGCAGUGAGGACGUUCGAAUGCGGACCUCGGCUCUGUCCAUCUUUGGAAACGCCAUGGAGACGAACAUUAUCGGCAUGGGGCCGACUUUGGUCUCAGCCGGCGUUGACCUCAGCAUCAACGUCCUCGCCAUGGAGCCGGAGCUGGAAAAGGGCAUACUUCGGCGAGCGGCCAUCCUCGUCAUUCUCAGUUUCGUAAGAGCUUUGGACAAGGCCAAGGAGUCUGGCCAGAAGCUGGGGUUCGGGCUCACAGAUCAGAGCCGUGAGGACAUACAGAGAACUCUCGAGUACAUUGCGGCAACCGAUAACGACGGCCUGGUGCAGCAGCACGCACGCGACGUGGUGGAAAGCCUCGAGAAUUGGGGCAUGGCAAGUCUGUUGCCGAGCCAGGCGGAAGCAAGCGCCGUGCCUGGUUUGACAAGAUUAGCGGGAUUGCACGUCAACCCAGAGGGCACCCUCGUGGAUGCUUCUGGACGACCACGGCCAAGGAUAGAAGAAGUGGAAUAA